CUCAUCUUUCUCUCAUGCAGUCUCCCAGACAUAUGCAGAUCCAGAGGCAUCGGGGACAAUAGGGAGAAAGGAGAUGUUAACUCUUAGAACACUAACAUUUGCUAACCAGAUGACUGCUCUGGCAUCAAAAACGAGAGUGAAAAUGAUACAGUCGUCAUCUUGGAAUCAAGCUCAGUUUGAAAGUGAAACUGUUAUACAUGCUCAAAAAUAUUUGAUGAUGAAGUUCAUAUCACUUUGAGAGCAAUCGGACAUGCAAAUAGCCCUUCCAAAAAUCAAGCAAGUUCUUGAAGAGAUUUAAAAAUAGAAAAUUUGGAGUUUUAUCAUGGAUCACAAGACCGAAGGGAAAAGGAAGCAGCGACAUAGCUUGACUUUACUGGAUCAAUUAAACAGUAUGAAAGAAUUAACACAAAUGAUUGAUGUGGUCCUUGUAGCAGAAGGUGAGAAGUUCCCCUGCCAUAAACUGAUAUUGGCUGCGUUCAGUCCCUAUUUCAAAGCCAUGUUUACCUGUGGCUUGCUUGAAUGCACCCAAAGAGAAGUGGUGCUCUAUGACAUCUCAUCAGAGAGUGUGUCCAUAAUACUCAACUACAUGUACAGUGCAGAUUUGCACCUCACUAAUUUCAAUGUCCAAAGUGUUGCUGUUGCUGCAUUUUUUAUGCAGAUGGAAGAUGUUUUCAAUGUGUGUCAGAAAUACAUGAUGGACCAUAUGGAUGCUUCCAACUGUGUGGGGAUCUACUAUUUUGCAAAGCACAUUGGGGCAGAAGAAUUGUCCGAUCAAGCCAGGCAAUAUUUGUAUCAGCACUUUGCUGAGGUGAGCUUGCAUGAAGAAAUAUUAGAGAUUGAAGCACAGCAAUUGCUGAGUCUCAUAAGAUCAGAUGAUCUGAAUGUAUCCCGGGAGGAGAGCAUUUUGGACUUGGUCCUCAGAUGGGUGAACCAUAGCAGAAAAUCACGUGUCGAGCACCUGAUUGAACUCCUGAAGCAAGUGAGACUGGAACUUGUAAGCCCUUCUUUCCUAGUGGAAGCUCGGAAAAGGAACACGGUGCUUCUAUCUAAUUCAGAAUGUCAUGAUAUGAUUGAUGGAGCAUUAGAAACUAUAAAGAAAUCCAACCACCCCUCUCUCAGUCUUCGCUAUGGCAUGGAGACCACCAGUCUUCUACUUUGCAUCGGCAAUAAUUCUCUGGGGAUUCGAUCAAGACAUGGUAGCUAUGCAGAUGCCAGUUUUUGUUACGCUCCUGCAACACAAAAGACUUACUUCAUUUCCUCCCCGAAGUAUGGUGAGGGUUUAGGAUGUGUGUGUACUGGUGUUGUCACUGAGAACAACGAUAUUAUUGUGGCAGGGGAGGCCAGUGCUGCCAAAAUGUCUAGACAAAAAACCAAGAACAUUGAAAUUUAUAGGUACCACAAUAGAGGAAACCGGUUUUGGCAAAGUUUGUGCACUGCUCAGUUUCGUGAACUCUAUGCCUUGGGCACUGUUCAUAAUGACCUGUAUGUCAUAGGAGGGCAAAUGAAACUGAAAAACCAAUAUCUGGUCACAAACUCUGUUGAGAAGUAUUCCAUGGAGCAAGAUAGCUGGAGAAGUGUGGCGCCUCUCCCAGUGCAACUGGCCUGCCAUGCUGUGGUAACAGUAAAUAAUAAACUCUAUGUGAUGGGAGGCUGGACACCACAGAUGGAUCUCCCUGACGAUGAGCUGGAUCGAUUAAGUAACAGAAUGUUGCAGUAUGACCCAGGCCAAGACAAAUGGACAGAGUGCACACCAAUGAAGUACUCCAAAUACCGCUUCAGCACAGCUGUAGUCAACAGUGAGAUUUAUGUCUUGGGAGGAAUUGGCUGCUUGGGUCGAGACAGGGGACAGGCACGGCAAUGUCUUGAUGCAGUGGAGAUUUAUAACCCUGAUGGGGAUUUUUGGAGAGAUGGGCCUCCGAUGCCUUCUCCUCUACUCAGCUUACGAACCAACUCCACUAGUGCAGGCUCGGUGGAAGGGAAGCUAUAUCUCUGCGGAGGAUUUCAUGGAGCAGCUCGCCAUGAAAUUAUCACCAAAGAGAUCCUAGAGUUGGAUACGUGGGGAAACCAGUGGAAUGUGGUGGCCAUCAACGUCCUCAUGCAUGACAGCUACGAUGUCUGCCUCGUAGCUAGACUGAACCCCCGAGAUCUUAUCCCCCCACCUUCUGACCUAGUGGAUCAAUAGAAAUGCAGUUGUUCCUUGUGCUUUCAGAUUCUGCUGUAGCUGAAGAGCUCAGAAUAGAGAGAGAUGUGCAGCUUGACCUUGGAACUGGCCUGAGGUGAAAACUGGGUUCUACAGAAAUGAGUCUAUGACCGGCUCAAGCAAGCAAUGCCUUAGACCUGUGAUUCUCAGCCACUGCUAUGUACUCAGUAUUGGUACUUCAAGCUUUUGUGAUUGAUACUAUGGGCUUCCCAUCCCAAUAAGCCUCUGGAGUUGGCCCAGGCACCCUACCACAGCACUUCAUCGUUUAGCUGUGUAAGUGCUAAUGUGCAACGUAGGUUGGGCUGCUGUGGGCCUUAGCCUCACCAUCAUAGUUGCAGCCCAAAGCCCAUUGCAGGGUAAAGCAGCACAACUGAAUGAGAGCCCUAGCAGGUGCAGAUAAAGUUUCAAGGGAAGAUUCUGCCUUCACUUACAUUCUGUGCACCCCAUUGAUUUCAGCGGGGUUAACAAGGGUAUUAAGAGAAAGCAAACUUGGUCGAAAUUGGUACAGUUGUCCAAAAGGGGUAGGUUGAUGCUGGCCCAGUGCAUGAACAGUGAUAGUGGGAGAGAAGAGGCAAGGAGCCUUCCUUUCUUUUGCACUCCUGCAGAGGGGCCAAGCAUAGUCCCAGUGGGGAGCACAGACUAGAGCAAACAGUAACAGUAACUACCUUAAAGAGGUUGGGAUGAAUGUGGGCCGUGGCCCUGCCUCCAUCCCCUCAACAGCCUGUGGAGGUGAACCAGUUUUGGGGGAGAACAUCCUGCAUCUUCUCUCAGGAUUCUGAAGCUCCUGUACCAGUGUCAGGAGGAAAUCCAACUCUCAAGGGCUUGUGCUGCUGUGUGACCAGGUGUAGCCAGUGCCUUGAAGGUACAAUCUGGCUCAGUUUCUGAGCCCUUCUUAGUUAGAACUUUGAAUACAAUAUUUGAAGGGGGGGAAUGAAAUACAAAAAUAAAAAUUAAACCAACUUUAUCAUCAGCAGUCGAGAUUUGCUGCCAUGCAUCCACACAAAGAUUCCAACGGCAGCUCCUCUGCAGUCUUGCAGUCGUUGUUUAUAUCAGGCUCUUGUUUAAAUAGAAAUAGCUUUCAUGUAGCACGGGGAUAAACUCUGCACCAAAAGAGGGAUUUUGCUGUUUCCAGAGGGACUAAGAGUAGUUCAGACAGAAUGAUCACAUUGAACUUCUUGAAGCAGCAUUAGGUUCACAGGAUUAGAUGACAGUAGACUAGAAAUGUGCUAAAGUCUCGCCAGGUAGCUGAUAUCCAGUUUGAAUUAGUAAUAUCCAUUCACGUGUACUCUGGUGCCUGCCUCAUUGUGUGUCUGAGUGUCAUUUCCUAGGCAGUACAGGCAAGAGGAUUGGGAAGCUGAGCAGUUCUGUUGGGCUGAAACUACAAUUGAGAGGAUGCUGCUUUACUCAUAAAAUGAGACCAUGAUUGGAGAACAUAGCAAUAUGUGAUAAAGUGCUGAAACGCUCAAUAAUUCAUUUGCUGCAAAAAGUUGCUGCUUAGGGCCACAAGACCAACAACAAAACUGGCAAGAAGUGAUCAGCAAAGACCGACUCAGUCCCCUUCAAGAGUUUGAGGACAAUUACUUGCAGAGCAGGAUUCACAUACUGGAAUGGUGCGCCACACUCUUCUUGAAUCAUAUAUUUGGUUGCAAAAGUUCCAGCAGUUUAUAAUUCUCCCUGCUGUGACCGGUAGCAGGAGGGAUGGAGAAGAUGACCCAAAUGGCCUUUCCCAGCUCUAAUUUCUGUGAUUCAUUAACUAUUCCCUUGAGUAUCCAGUGAGACUAUCAAUCUGUUUUAUAAAAACACUCAACAGGAAGUUCACCAAAGUUUGCUGGAUAUAUACAGUACUGCACUGAGCGUCAAUUGGGCAGUGGGUAUUUUGUUUUUUAAAAGGAAAGAAGAAAUGAGGCUGUGAUCCUUAUGACUCAGCUCUUAUCUCCCUGCAUAUUCCGUAGGCAGGAUAUGUUUGACAAUCUAAACUUUCACAUUUGUGUCUAUCACCUCUGUAAUGUUAAAUCAUUCUCAUUUCUUUCCUAGGUUGACAUGUGACCCAGUGUAACUUUAGGGCAGUGCUGCUGCCAAGAUUGCCUCAGUGCUACAAACUAAGGUGGCCAGUUCUUAGGAUCUCUCCUGAAAACUUGGGUUUUUAAAUGCUCUUUGCUGUCAGUAUCCAGGUGACAUUAAAGUUGCCCUUUAACGUGUUGUAAAAAACACUAGAGAGUUUACACAAUUUCCUAAAUCAUAACAAAGGAAAUUUUCCUUAACCCUUGCUGUUACUGCAGAAAAAUAUCUGCUGUGUUGAGUCAUUACAGUUCAGCUACACAGCUUUCUAGCUGACAGGGAGUGAUGCUCUUGAGUGACAGCUCACUUAGGUGGAAAGUUCUUAGAGACGUAGUAUCUAUCGUCAAGGUUACUUUGAACACUACAUCAACCGCUAUCGGUUUUGUUUCCUUUAUUAUUUUUCAUUUACAGCUUAGGUGGUGGGGGGAAAGUGUUGUUUGUUUUUAUGACUACUCCUGCUCUGGCUUCUAAGUUUCCUAAGGCUUGAAACUUAACUAGAUCUACAGGGGAUGUGAAAUACACUCCAUUAUAGAGAGCUGCCUCUGAAGAUCCUAGGGGAAUUUAGGGGGGGACAUUCAGGUUUGUGGUGGACAUAGCUAAAGCCCCUCCAUCAAGCUUGUAUGCCUGGGAUUAAGUGAUCUUUCUUCCCCACUCCAUAUCUAUUGUUUUUUGUAUAGUUAUUGAAAGAACUGGGUGAAAACUGUGUAGUCCAUCAAGGUCUGUCUUGCUAGCAGGUGGUAUUGAUUGAUAUAUUGUGUACCCUGUGUGUGGAUCCAGCUGUCAGAGCUGGGGUGGGUUCUGGGGGGCCAUUGUCAUUUAGUGUGGCCUCCCCUCAUUAGAGAUACCUCAUGAAGUGCAGGAGCUCAAUCAGCCUCGGCAUGCCCUGAGCACUGCUCAGCAUUCUAACCAAAGCUAGCAAAACUUUUGUCCCUUGUCCUGAACUCAUUUUCCUUUCUUCUUGUGGAGUGAGGAUUGUUUUGCUUUGGAGUUGUUUUUUCUGCUCUUUGUGGCAGUGGCAGGAAGAGGAUGGGAGUUUUAGAUUUUGCUGAAGCCGCCCAAGUGUCUCAUGGUGGAAAGUUCAAUACAGUUGCUUAGGGACAUCCCAGGGUGGAGUUCUGGAAAUUCUUACAGUUCUGGAAAUUCUCUAGUCAGUCUAAAAGCUCUGGAAAGCCCAGGUUCUCUAAACUUUCUAAACCAAUAAUUAGUACCGUAAUAAAAGCUUGAGAGGGACAGGAGCAAGCAAGCUUAGUGGUAGAUAGUUUUCAGCCAAAAUCUUUCUCAGGUCUCUUGAUUCUUGCAGCCCCACUGCCACCUUCAUGAUUUCAGAAUUAAUUUCAUACUCAUGGGAAAGUUUGCACAUACCCACAAUAAUUAUUUGUUUCAUCCAUGGCCCAUCUCUGGUUAACUGAGGUGGCCAGUUCUUAGGAUCUCUCCUCAACACUCAGGUUUUUAAAUGCUCUUUGCUGUCAGAAUCAAAAUGACAGUAAAGUUGCCCUUUAACGUGUUAACUCAGAUUUUUCCCAAGGCUGUGCUGACAUCCGUAAUGCUAGUAUGCAAACAAAGAAGUAUUGGCAAGAUGUGGCAUUGUAUAAAUGGAUGCUGUUAAGCAAAAACAGACAUGUUAAUUUCAGUUUCACUUGAAACUCUGAAAUACAUCACCAUUUCCCAAAUUGGAAGGGACAAUUGAGAGGUAAUUUAGAGUAUUGCAAACAAAGGAGAAGAGGAAAAAAUGAAAACUCUAUAAAAAGUUACUUGGCACAGUGUCCAUUCUGUUUUUUACAGUUGUCCAUGCACAACUGAAUGCACAAAUAUCCAUGUUCAUCAUUUGCACAUCUAAUCAUUGUAUUUCCACAUGUACUCAUGGUAACUGUGCAUGCAAACAAUCCACUAGUAGAUAUCUAAUUAUCCAUUUGCACAAACAGUGAUUGUGAUUGCUUGGAGGACCACAGUUUGCAUGUGCAGGGACUAUAUACACACACACUUUAGUGUGUGUGUGCAGUUCUGAAAGUCUGGUGGGCCAGAUUCUGCAUUAUGUGCUUGCCCCUUUGUGUCUCUCAAUUAACUCAAAAGAACUAGAUUCUGACCUUAAUUUGCCAGCAGAUAAUCCCCCUGGUGGGUAUAAAACCAUCAGACCCAGUUCCUGCACCAGCACCACCCCACAUAUACUCCAGCAUAGGGGGUGGAUUGAGGGCAUAGUGGAGCUCUACUAUGCAAAUCCUCCACUGGCAUAGGAUCCGUGAAGGGUCUACACCAGUGAUGUAAUUUAGGGCACCUUCUAUGAUGCUCUAAUACACACUGGAGCCAAGUUGGGGUAGAAUGGUGCCCACCCCCACCCCACUUUCCCCAUAUCUGAGCUCAGAUUCAUGGGAGGAUUCAUCCCUGCUCCUUACAUUUAUGACCUAUUUCAUCCAAACAAUUUUAAACGUGUAGUGAGUCCCUUCAAUCAGCUUAGGUGCAAUAAAAACAUGCUAAAAAUUAUUUCUUUAAAAAAGGAAUUCAAAAAAAGUUUGAACAUGUUCACAAAGGUCUAUAUUUUGUUGGCUUCCUACAAAUCUGUAAAACCAGGGUAUUCUUUUAAAAAUCCAUUUUCCCACUGGUUGAAUUUUUAGUUUUGAGGGUCUUCUUCUUUCUCUGUUAUGGCAUCUGAAGCCCUUCUGGCAAUUUGAUUCAUGAACCAUCAUGCUUUGAAUCCAUAGGUCAGAAUACCAGCUACACUUGCAAGUUUCUGCGGCAGUCCCUAAAGGUUUUGAAGCAGACAUAACAGAUCAUGUACCAGCAGUUUCCCAAAGAAGGCAUUCCACCUCCAGUUGUGCUCAGUGGGAACUAGGACCUUAGCAAUUUACUACCAUCUGAUACUUGGAGGUUGAAAGUAAAGGAUGUAUUAAAAAUUGGCUGAAAUAUACACAGGAUGUGCUCAUAAGUGCACCACCCUUAUUUUCCUUGGCAAGCAUCUCAUCUCUGUGUAUGUUGUACCAUCCCCGCUGAGCAUUUGAUGGAAUGAUUUAAUAACCCACCCUAUGAUUUCAGCCACAGCUCAGUCUACAAUGUGGGUCGUGAAUUUAUGCUGCACACUGCAAAGAGCAGCAGAAUGUUAGAGGGCCAUGACUCCAUAUAGGCAGGUCUGCCUCGCUAUAGGAAGUGUUAUUAAAUUAUAUAGCACAUACACAGUAUAUCUAUUACAGAAUACAUUAGUAUCUUAUUUCUAGAUUUUUUGAAUAAGUUCUUUACUGCGGGAGAUGUGGUCUUUUCCACCAGGCCACAUGGCAAUUCUGCCCAAGUCCCAACUCAGCAAAGUAUAAGCAUGUGCUUGCCUUUAAGCAUGUGAAUAUUUUCAUUGGAUUCAAUGGGACUGUUCGCAUGUUUAACAUCUUACACAUGCUGAAGUGCCUUAUUGAACAGGGACCAAUAACUGGAUAGGAAAAUCCUCUGUGUUCUAACAUCCUCUGCUUUAAAUCAAUUGAAUGGAAAAGAUCCUUUUUUCCCCCAGGCAACUUACUAUGGCUAGAUGCUUUGACCAUGUCUUCCUGCUUCUCCAAUCCCUUCAGUGCCUGCCACUCUCCUUCCAGAUGAAGCUCAAAGCUUCUCAUCCUCAUUUUCAAAGUCUUGCACAACUCUGGCCAUCCCUAUAUCUUUUCUCUCAUGUCUGCCUACAUCUCAUCCCACGCUCUAUGCUCUAGUUUCAAUCUUGAUCAUUCCAUUUGUCUCCUUGGCAAGCUUCCAGCUUGUCUCCUACUUCCACGCUGUCCCUUAGGCUUAGAGCAACCUGUCCAUUGAUGUUUACCCUACCCAGCUUCCUCCUCCUCCAAAAACCUCUUUAAGAUCCCUCUGUUCCAUGAACCAUUCCAGCUUUAGAAGGUAUGUCUACACUGCAUUUAAAAACCACAGCUGGCCUGUGCCAGCUGGCUUGGGCUUGCAGGGCUGUUUAAUUGUGGUGUAGACAUUCAGGCUUGGGCUGCAGCCUGAGCUAAAAUCUACACCACAAUUAAACACUCCCAUAGCUCAAGCACUGUGAGCCAGAGUCAGCCAUGGGUUUUUAAUUGCUAUGUAGACAUGCCCAAAGAGCAGGGCUGGCUCUAACUUUUUUGCCGCCCCAGGCAAAAAAGAGGGGGCGCUACGCCCCCCGUGAGCGCCGCGCCACUGU